AUGGCGUCAAGUCUCACCAAAUCAACAACGGCGAGGCUGGUUACACAGAGCACCCUGUCGAUCGCCAGGAGGAGCGAGUGUGCUCGGUGCUUCGCGACAAGCGUUGAGUCAAGCAAAGCUGCGUGCGCUCAUCGCUGGGCGGGCUACGCCUUCGCUAGGAAACUUGAUCCGGCCAAGUAUGAAAGAAUAAUUAUCUCGCCGCGCUCCUAUUUUGUCUUCACCCCCCUCUUGGCCUCGACGUCCGUCGGCACGCUCGAAUUCAGGACGAUCUUGGAGUCAGUCCGCAGGCUGGGGGAUGUUGAGUUCCACCAGGGCUGGGCAGAUGAUAUAGACUUCUCUCGCAAGCUUAUACGUGUAGAGGAGAACCAGGCAGACGACCUUUCCAGCCAGACCAUCUUACCGCCUCCCAAGAAGAAUCCCGAGAGCAAUGAGAUUCAAGUCGAGCCGCCGCAAAUCCCCAAGGGGCCAGUAAUGAAUGUUGGUUACGACAAGCUCGUCAUUGCUGUUGGCGCUUACAGUCAAACCUUCGGAAUCGACGGUGUUAGACAGCAUGCUCAUUUCUUGAGAGAUAUUGGAGACGCGAGGAGGGUUCGCUUGAGAGUGUUGUCGUUAUUUGAGCAGUGCUCAAGUCCGACCAUCUCUGAAGAGAACCGCCACAAAUUACUUCACUUUGCUGUUGUAGGCGGCGGGCCAACUGGUAUAGAAUUUGCAGCCGAACUCCACGAUCUCAUCCACGACGACCUCUCCAAGAUCUACCCCGACCUCGUGAAAUAUGCAAAAAUAACCGUAUACGAUAUUUCCCCCAAGAUACUGCCUAUGUUCGACCAAGCACUCGCUUCCUACGCCAUGAGAGCCAUCCAGAAGCAGAACAUCGAUAUCAAGACCGCUCAUACCAUACAGCGCGUGCGGCCCGACACGGACAGCACUGGCGGCCUGAAGAUCAAGAUCAAGGAGUAUGGCGACGAGGAGGUUGGCGCCGGCAUCGUGGUAUGGAGCACAGGGCUGAUGCAGAACCCUCUCAUCGAGAAGCUCAUGAGCAAGAGCCUGUCAGGCGCAUUGCCCGUCGAGGGGCAGGAGGCGCCGCGGGAGUUCAGGCUGGAGAGAGACAGCAAGACCGGCGGGAUCAUCACUGACGGCCGGUUCCGCGCACAGCUGGCUGACUCCACCGCUCUGAAGGGGGACAACACCGCCACCAACGGGCCGGCCGCGGGCCUGCAGACGCAGAUCCUGAACGACGUGUUCGUCAUCGGCGACUGCGCCGUCAUCUCGGACCAGCCGACGCUCCCCAAGACGGCCCAGGUGGCGUCGCAAGAAGCCUCUUAUCUCGCGAAGGCGCUGAACAAGGGGUCGAUGGAGGAGGAGAAGCCGUUCGCCUUCCGCAACCUGGGCACGAUGACUUAUCUGGGCAACUGGAAGGCACUUUUCCAGGGAACUUCAGGCGACCUGACUGGGUUUAUGGCCUGGGUGCUGUGGCGAGGAGCCUACCUAACAAAAUCUAUGAGCUGGAAGAAUAAGCUACUGAUUCCUGUAUAUUGGUUUGUGUCUUGGGUCUUCGGCCGGGACAUAUCUCGCUUUUGA